GCGAAGUAAACGCUGAGGGAGAGGAGCAAUGGCUGGGACCGUGGAUCAGAUCGCAAUCGUGGGAGAGGAUCAGGAAAGGACCAUCUCCAGGUCAGACAGUGGCAGUGGUGAAGAUUCAUUGGAUGGUUUGUUCUCCCGACUACCGUUAACUCCAUCUCUUUCUCCACGGAAGCGAACAACUAGUCAAAGCAAGUCUGAACCACCGCUCCUGAGGACUAGCAAGCGCACCAUCUACACUGCAGGGCGACCUCCCUGGUACACUGAAUCAGGAACUCCAUUUAAAGAAGCCUUUGUCAUUGGUUUGUGUGGAGGAAGUUCUUCUGGCAAAACCACAGUGGCUAACAAGAUCAUUGAGGCUUUGGAUGUUCCUUGGGUGGUUCUGCUUUCUAUGGAUUCCUUUUAUAAGGUCUUAAACAAGGAGGAACAAGAACUAGCUGCCAAAAGUGAAUAUAAUUUUGACCAUCCUGAUGCCUUUGAUUUUGACCUAAUCAUACAUACAUUGAGGAAGCUGAAGAAAGGGAAAAGUGUGAAGGUUCCAGUUUAUGAUUUCACCACACACAGUCGAAGAAAGGAUUGGAAAACUGUGUAUGGAGCAAAUGUUGUCAUCUUUGAAGGAAUUCUUGCAUUUGCCAACAAGGAGCUUCUAAAGCUUUUAGACAUGAAAGUUUUUGUGGAUACAGACUCUGAUAUCAGACUCGUUCGACGGUUAAAAAGAGAUAUAUCUGAGAGAGGUCGUGACAUUGUUGGUGUUAUCAAACAGUACAACAAGUUUGUCAAACCUGCCUUUGAGCAGUACAUAGAGCCGACAGUACAGCUUUCAGACAUUGUGGUUCCUCGAGGUGGAGAGAACUUUGUUGCUCUUGAUCUGAUUGUCCAACAUGUUCAUAGUCAGCUGGAAAAGAGGAAACUUCGCUGGGAUAUAGCAGCCCUUGCAUCUGCCCACCAAGGUCAACCUCUGCCAGAUAAGCUAAGUGUCCUUGAAAGCACUCCACAAGUUAGAGGAAUGCAUACAAUUAUAAGGAAUAAAGACACAAGUCGAGAUGAGUUCAUCUUCUAUUCGAAAAGGCUAAUGAGGUUGCUGAUUGAGCAUGCCCUUUCCUUUCUGCCACUCAAGCCUAUUACAGUGGAAACGCCUCAAGGAGAGCUGUAUGAAGGAAAACGAUUUGAUGGGAAAAGGAUAACAGGAGUCUCCAUUCUUCGUGCUGGUGAAACGAUGGAGCAGGCACUAACAGCAGUGUGCAAAGAUAUCAGAUUAGGAAAGAUUCUUAUUCAAACUAAUCAUGACACAGGAGAGCCUGAGCUACAUUAUCUUCGAUUACCCAAGGAUAUCAGUGAAGAUUAUGUCAUUUUAAUGGACAGUACAGUAUCAACAGGUGCUGCUGCUAUGAUGGCAGUUCGAGUCCUCCUGGAUCAUGAUGUGCAGGAAGAUAAAAUUUUUCUACUCUCAUUACUGAUGGCUGAAAUGGGAGUGCAUUCGGUGGCUUAUGCCUUUCCCAAGGUUAACAUCAUUACGACUGCUGUAGACAAGAAAGUAAAUGAUGAAUUCCACAUUAUUCCUGGAAUAGGUAACUUUGGAGAUCGAUACUUUGGCACUGAUGCACCAUCUGAUUGGUAUGAGAGUGAUGAGGGAAUGGACUACUGAUGUAUCAUCUGAGUAUCCGAGGGACUUGGGAAGUCAGUGUGGCCGUGAAAAGUUUGCAACUGCUGUAAAAAGAACAUUUUUAAUAUAUAUCAGAACAAGUUGAACAGCUUUUCUGUGAAUUCAGAUUGUCCUUUCAAUUUAGAUGUUUUGGUUUAUCAUUAAUUGAUCCUACUCUAAAACAGAAACUAUCUUGAGGUCAAAGUUUUUACAUCCAGAGUUUGCGUUUGGCGAACAGAUUAUGUCUGAUUCUACAUAAUCUAAUCAUCCUUACUGCUUAUCAGUGAAAGUGGAAAAGAUAAGUAAAUAACCUCAAUUUGAAAAUUGAAACUUGAACUUUUUUAAAAACAGGUCUGAAGAUAUCAAAUGGCAAACCAAAUAUUCAGGGAUGGCUAUAAAUUGUAAUUCCCAGGCUCUCAAUAUCCAUUGUAUUUAUUCAACCAGCAAAGUUCUUUUUGGAUAAAUUUCUUGUCAGUUGUAUUUAGUCUUAAGAUUUUAAAAUUUCACUUGAGAUCAACUUCAGCAGACAUAGUGAUGCAGGCAUCUGUCCCUACAUUAACCUAAGAUACUAAUUUACCUUGUGUGACUUUAUUUGCCUAGCUCCAUUGUAAAAAAAAAGUAACAAAGAGUUCACUAUCAAUUUUAAAAGACUGCAUGAAAUGGGAAAUUAACAUAAAAAUUCCCACAACUAAUUAAAUUAUUAAUUACACAAGUCAUUUUCUAAGUGGUUUCUCAGCAGUUACACUCUAAUAGAACAAACACUUAAAUGCACAGAGUUACUGCUUAAUUUAAUGAUGUUUUUGAUCUCGCGUGUUUAAUGGUCUGCCAUUAGGAACAGAGACUCUGAGGAGCUGGCUAGAAAAAUUGUAUAAAAUUUCCACCAGUUUCCAGUUAAGGACUAAAUAGGGUAAAUGGAAUCAAUUUAUUUCCAUUUAAUGAUAUUACCAGUUCAUUUUGACAGGCAAAUAUUAGGUUGUUUGCAAGUAGCCUGGGAUAGUAGAGAUCAUGUAAGAUUCUUUUCAGUAGUUCAGAGCUUCAAAAUUACACCCAUGUUCCGAUAUUGUAAGAAAAAAAGUUUUGACGGUAACUGCAGAUGCUGAAAAUAUGGAAUAAAAAUUCUGGAAGUACUCAACAGGUAAACCAGCACCUGUGAAAAGAGAAACAGUUAAUAUCAAUGAUCUUUCAUGUCUUCAAGACAUGCCAAAGAAUUUUUCUGCCAGUAAAAUAUUCUUGAUGUGUUAUUCUGUAUCCAUUGUAUGCUUAAUAAUUAAUGUUGAACUUGUAAAAUCAGACUUGUAAUCAAUUUUUUAUUAGUUCAAUUUGUUCAAAGAAAUUUAAUUGUAUUCCUUUUGAAAAUAGGUGUGAAUCUGUCAAGACUCAACUUUACUUGAAAAUAAAUGGGACCUGAAGUAUUGUGCACUAUAAAUUAUUGCUUAACUGGAAGUUGAUGUGUACUAAUAAGAUUUAUUCAUAUAAACUUAAUCAAUUUUGUCCAUAGGGUAUUUGAUAUUACCUGUUUAACAGUUUAGAUUUGAUGUUAUUUUUAAAGUCCAAGAAUGCUGCUGAUAAAAUAUAAAAAUAGGCCUUCACCCAAAAGGCAACAAUAGCUAGUAUUAGACUGCAUUGGGGCAGGGGAGGGUGUGAGGCAGGGGGGAGAUCAUAUGAUAAAAUUAUCACCAUAACAUGCAAAAUCCCUAAAAUGUUUAUGAUGUCUUAAGAUUCCUUAAGUAUGGAAAUGUUCAAAUGUCAAAAGUUAUGUGUGCAUGAUGUGCAUAAGUGUUUGGCUGUAUUAUAACUGUACAUUUUCUUCUGUAUCAUAAAAUUCAGUACCUGUGCAGUGCAUCGAAUGAAUGGUUGAUAUAAUUCAUUCUCAUUCCAGAAUGGUGACUUGCACAACACAGAUAAGCUUGAGAUGUUGAUGAAAAUCUGAAUGAAAUCUUGAUAUGAUGCUUAACUAUACUAGUACAUGUAAAUUUGAUGGAAAAUUUUAUAAUAGUUUAUUGCUGUAGCACAAAGAGUACAAAGAUUUGAUCUUUGCCAUUUAUUGAAUAAUUCUGAGGUAGUAAAUUGCUCCUGAGGUGCAUGCACUUAAACUCCAUGAAACUAAAGUGCACUCCAAAGAAGUCUUUUUUUUUAAACAUACUCAUUUUACAAUUUUCUGAAAUAACAUUUAGUUUUUGGUCAAACUAUUAUUUUGCACAUUCUGUGGUACAGCUGCCAGUUCAGUCAGGUAAAUCACAAGGAUGCUUGCCUUUUUAAAGGAAUUGUCUUCCCAUUGUGCAGUUAUUUUAGUUUCCCUACCCUCACUGACAUUGUUUUUUCUGUGAUCUUGGUUACAUUUAUACUUUGUUAUGAUGGAAAGGCUACCAAUGUUGUAUUUGUUUUUGGUCUGGAGCUGUUUUCUGUGUGUUAUAAAUUCCAAUGCAAUAAAUUCAAUGUUGUGUUUUGUACCAAUCAAUUUACAAAAUCACUUUAUGGCAAGAAAGCCCACACUAUGACCAACGGUCUUGACAAAUUGUUCAGUCAGCCCCAACUCUAUCUCUAUCUUUCUUUUCCCAUGCAGAAAAAUAAUGAAGCAUCAUAAAGGAGCUUAUCAACAAUAUUUAAUUCAAAUAUGUCAGUGUUGAAUGGCACGAUUCUGCAAUUGAUAUUUGCUAGGGACAUGACUGAAGCAGAAUUUUUUUUUAUUGAAUUUUGCACCAAGAUCAAAUUCUCUGACACGGGUGAAUUUCUUUUUAACAAUUUAUACAGGUACUUCUAAGUGCUUUUGCAUUUUUCAGGAGUCACUGCCAUUUUCCCAUGUUUACCAAUUAUCUUUCUUACAGACAAGUCUCUUUUGAUCCCUUUUGAUAUGCAGGAUUGUCAAUGAAGUGGAUAACUUCGUAAUUAGCAUCAGAAGUUUUAUUGAAUCUUUGAAGUAGAUUUUCAUCUCUGUUGUAUCAAUGUUUGCAAUUGUCCUACUAGUGCAUGGAAAUGUGAGUUGAUGUCAAUGUUGUUGACAUGGUUGAUGGGAAUUUUCACAAGAUAUGUAGAGGGAAUUGCAUUGAGUGAGGAAAGUUGUUCCAUUUUGCCCUGCAUUGUUGCAUUAUUUGUUUCAUAGGCCACUUAACCAAUUACAAAACACAUUUACAGAAGUGUUAAUCUUCUAAAAUUUUUGUUUGCCUGAUGUGCAGUUUAAAUUGUCCCUUGCUCCUGUCACACCUUCCCUCCCCAAAGAUUUGGUGCUUGGUAUGUGGUGUAUCAAGGAAGGAAUCCUGGGAAAUUUUCUGACUGUUUUUGAGAAAAGGUGUUAUAUCAGUUUACCAAGUAACUGUUCUGACCUGCCCUUUUUAGUUCAGUGAUGUUUGAUUUUUUUUUAGUUUAAAUACAAGUAAUUGUCCUAUACAUAUGCAGUAUUCUCAAACUCUUCUGUCAACUUAUUUGAAAACUUGCUGAUUAUUUUCAGAUAACAUACCUUGUAUGUUGACUUCAACAAGACUUUGGUGGGGUAAGAAGUCUGGGUGAGUGUUGGAAGGGAAGGAGUUGGAUGACAUAUAUGUCAAACAAACACAUUCUCAGUUGCUAUAGCUUGAUUUGGAAAUAAUGGUGUUUCUUUGUAGCCAGAGAGCUUAAAAUGAAAUCCAAACAAAGUUAGGUACAGGGUUAAAAUCAAAAUACUACAGAUUCUGGAAAUCUGAAAUAAAAACAGGAAAUGCUCAGCAGGUCAGGCAGCACCUGUGCAAAAUGUUAACCUUUCAGGUCAAAGACCCUUCAUCAGAACUGGGAAAGAGGGAAAUAAAUUCAUUUUAAGUUUGUAGAGGGUGGGGGAAGUACAAAGGGAACACCUGGUGGUCAAGUUCAAGAGUUUGCCAAGAUGAUUCCAUUGUUUAUGGGGCCAUCUGGUUGAUAGAAUGAUGAGGACAGUUA